CGAACCAUCAGGUUGUUGACACCCUCAUGAGGGUCGCGGGGGUGCUGGAGCCUAUCCCAGCUGUCUUUGGGCAAGAGGCGGGGUACACCCACCUACACGGGUCGCCAGCCAAUCACAGGGCACAUAUAGACAAACAACCAUUCACACUCACAUUCAUACCUAUGGACAAUUUGGAGUCGCUAAUUAACCUAGCAUGUUUUUUUUGGAAUGUGGGAGGAAACCGGAAUACCCGGACUCUCAGCCGGUCUUAAUGAGGGGAUUUGAGUCAGGCACAGAUACGAGUGGACUCAUCUCACAUGUGGUUUUAUCUGACCUGACACAGAUAAGACGAAGGUUUGGCGUCUGCCAUCGUGAUGUGAAGUCGAGGCUGAAGUCCAGCUGAGACUGAAAGGGGGAGGAGCCUGUCAAGGAACUGUUGUUGUUCUCUACGAAGACUCUAUCUAUUUAUUUGUACUUGAUUAAAUCAUUGUGGGAGAAGAUAAGGUGAUACUUUUACAGUGUUGUGACCCAAGUGGAGGUAAGAUCUUUGAGGUGUUCUUGGAUGGGUUUUUAACCUUCUUAAGGUUUUUUUUAAACUUCUUGGCAGGACAAGGAUGAUAUUAGAAUUUUGGUUUGUGCGAGUUCUGCUCAUGCUGAGUCUGCAUGGAGUCAACAUGGAGCUCCUCCAAGCGGGGAACCUGCAUCUCCUACCUCCAGAUCAGCACAAUGUAGUCCUGAACCAGGGAAUGAGAGUGCUGCCAAGAGACUGUCAUAAAAUGCUGGUGACCUCCUCGGGUCAUGCAAGAGAUGGGGUCUACUUAAUCCAACCCGGGGACACCCCCAUUGUGGUGUAUUGUGCCAUGCAAGAAGGAGGUUGGACUAUCGUGCAACACAUCACCGUUAACAGCAGCGUCAAUUUCGACCGCGUGUGGGCGGACUACAAACACGGCUUCGGCGAAGUCACGGGCGAUCACUGGCUCGGAAACGAAUACCUCCAUCAACUCACAGGAGGCCCAGGGCGCUACACGCUGGGAGUUAAACUAGUGGACCGAGACGCUGUCACAAAGACGGGCGAAUACGACCCUUUUCUGGUGGAGGAUGAGUCAGCCGCUUACAGGCUGAGGCUGGGGUUGUUCCAGGGCACCGCCGUGGAUGCCCUCACCCGGGACACGGAGAACUACCUUCACGACAACCAGAAGUUCACCACUCAGGACAGAGACAAUGAUAACUACUUCCAGAAUUGCGCCAAGUUGACGUUCCAGGGGGUGGCCGGUGGGGGUUGGUGGUACGACGCGUGCGCGGGUGCCAAUCUCAACCGCAGGAACGUCAUCUACUGGCAAAAGGACUGCAACAAGGAGAGACUGUGCAAGUAUGCGUGGAUGAUGGUGAGACCAUCAGACACUGGUGAAGUCACCCACAGAGGAGGCUGCCAACGGGAGGAGCUGUGAGGACAAUCGACGUCUAAAUGUGGAAUGCGUUCAAAUCAACUAAAUGUAUUUCAAAAUGGUAGGAAAAGAUAAAAAAUACUGAAAAAUUACACCAAAAAAGUCUUAUACUAUAUGUAAUAUCAGUAUAUUACAAGCAUUAAUUAUAAAGUCUUGGCUGCA